AUGGAGAGUAUCCUUUGCCGUGUGCUGCGGGAGCGGUCGCCCGGCAGCGAUGCCUGGUUACAGCUCGGGGCUGCGCUCUCAUCUCCGCUCGAUAAAAGAAAAAACAACGACAGCUCACACCUGUUCAACCUUAAAUUUGCUGCAAAGGAGCUACAGCACAACUGUAAGAAGUGUGAUAAAGAUGAAAAGGCAGAGAAAGCCAAAGUGAAGCAGGCCCUGCAGAAGGGCAGCCUGGAGGCGGCCAGGAUCCACGCUGAGAAUGCCAUCCGUCUGAAGCAUCAGUCCCUUAACUUCUUGAAGAUGAGUGCUCGGGUGGAUGCUGUGGCCUCUCGGGUCCAGACUGCUGUCACUAUGAACCAGGUCUUAAAAUCCAUGACUGGAGUGGUCAAGUCAAUGGAAGCCACGCUGAAAAGCAUGAACUUGGAGAAGAUCUCUGGACUCAUGGACAAGUUUGAAAGCCAGUUUGUGACCCUGGACAUGCAGUCGGCUCAGACGGAAGGAGCAAUGAGCAGCACCACCACUUUGAUGACGCCUCAGAAUGAAGUGGAGAUGCUCUUACAAGAGAUGGCUGAUGAAGCAGGACUGGAUCUUAACCUGGAACUUCCUCCAGGUCAGACUUCCUUGCUGCCUUCAACUACUGCAUCAGCCGAGCAGGACGAGCUCUCCCAGAGGCUUUCCAGGCUGCGGGACCAAGAGUCCUAGAGACGCCGCAAGAGGAGAGGAGAGGAGACACGGGGAGAAAAAGUGCUAGAUAAAAAGUGCAACGUGCCUUCAGGAUACCUGUAAGAGAG